AGAAUAUCAUCCACACACGAAAAUAUUUAGUAUUUAAAAUAAAUUUAGAAAUAUAAAAAAUAAUAUUUUAUUUUUCCGAAAAUAUCACAGCCUUCUGAAGUGCAUGAACCUACUCACCUAUUUAAACCUCCCCCUCUUCAAACCCCAAAAAGAAUUCGAACAACUCGACAAAUCUCACAAAACAACAACACUCUCUUUCUUCUUCUUCUUCUUCUCUAUCUCUGUGCUUCAAGAAACAUUUCGGUUUGUAACAGACCCGAAAUUUUGCCGAAAUUUUGCCAAAUUUUGGAGUUUCGUAGUUGCAAAAUGUUCGGACAGAGUGGAACAGACGCUGAUAUCACACUCCUCGACUCGAUUCGGCGCCACUUGCUGGGUGAGACGGAUCUACGGGUCGGAAAUUCGAUGGCCAACUCGAUUUCGGGUCCGAUUUUCUCCCGGAGCUCCAGCUUCAGCAGCCUGUACCCGUGCUUGACCGAAAACUGGGGCGAUUUGCCGCUCAAGGAGGACGAUUCCGAGGACAUGGUGCUCUACGGUGUUCUAAGGGACGCCGUUAACGUCGGUUGGGUCCCGUCGCUCGGGUCCGGGUCGACUGAUACAUGUUCUUUAAACUUUUCAGUAAAAUCGGAACCGGAGGUUUUGACGCCGGUGAGUACAGUGCCGGAGAAAAAACCGGCACCGGUUCAACCGGCCCGACCGGUUCAGCAGCCGUCUCAAGCCGGUCCAGCUGUGGUUCCCGCCAAAGGGAAGCAUUACAGGGGCGUACGGCAACGGCCGUGGGGCAAGUUCGCCGCCGAAAUUCGGGACCCGGCAAAGAAUGGCGCGAGGGUUUGGCUUGGAACUUUUGAAACGGCUGAGGAUGCGGCUUUGGCUUACGACAGAGCCGCUUAUAGAAUGCGCGGCUCCAGAGCUUUGUUGAAUUUCCCGCUCCGGGUUAACUCGGGAGAGCCUGAUCCGGUUCGGGUGACGUCGAAGCGGUCGUCGCCUGAGCCAUCCUCGUCUUCGGAGAGCGGUUCUCCAAAGAGGAGGAAGAAGGUAGCUGUUUUGAACCCGGCUCAGGCCGGGUUGGAAAUGGGAGCUGGAAUUGGGCAGGAGCAAGUGGGAGGCCAAGUGGUGGUGUCGUGUACACGUGGCGAGCAGUUAUUAGUGAGCUGAUGACGAUGGUGGGAGAGUAGGGAAGGGAAAAGCACUACUAGCUACCUCUUGAAUUGUGGAGGGCACACUGUAAUUAUCUGAGAUAUAUAUAAAAGGAAAUGUAGGAUUUCCGUUUUUCAUUUUGGGGUUCCCAUGAUUUUGGAGUCCAACUUGUGAGGGAAAAGCCAAAAUUUUUUUUUAUUUUGCAAAAAUAAAAAAGAAAAAGAAAAAGAAAAUAGAAGGGGGAUUGUUGAUGACAGGUGAGAUAAGAGAGGCUGCUUUUUUGUGUGGAUUGUUUGAUGAACUCAAUUUUGAAGUCGAGUUUUUCCCCUUGUUUUACAAGAACAAAUUAAUGGCAAGCAUUGCAAUCA